AAUGCAACGGUAACAAACGACACAACCAGCUUCAAUUUACACUAAAUUAAAACACCGUCAUUGUCAUACCAACGUUUGUUUUUGUACUACGUUUUUAGGAAAGUAUUUGCUGUAAAUUAUAAGAGAAAUUUGCUUGCUGUAUUUCACUAACAUAUUAUUUGGACAGAGAAAGCUACGCGUUUAUAAUUCAAUUUCAAAAUGCAAAUGUUACAGUAAAAAGAAUAUUUUACUUAUUCAAGUCGGAACACAGCGGAAACAUAAAAUCAGAAAUUGUAUAAAUGAUGCCUUCGAUAUUCAUAACAGCAGCUCUUACAACUGUAUUAUUAAUGAAAGCUUUUGAAUGUAGUCUACAUUUUGGAACAAGUCAUAUAUUUAGGGGAUUAGAAAAAUUGAAAAAGAGACAAGAUGCCAGCUCGUUUCAACAACAUGUAUGUUUUGAUGUUCGACAGCUUGUAGCAUUCAAAGCUCAAUUUACAGCUUUCAUUGAUAAAGACAAUGACGGACGAGCAUCUUUCAAGGAAAUCAAAAGUUACUUACAAAAAUAUGAUCCAGCUGUAACAGAUAAACGAGUACAGGAUUUCGUAGUCAGACGAGACACAAAUAGUGAUGGCGAUGUGGACUUCAUUCCUGAUUACCUGUCUGAAAUAUCAGCACCAAACUACAGUGCCUCUAUGGCCAAGGAAUGGUUCGAACUAGAGGAUAGUAAUCAUGAUGGUUAUGUGUCACGUGAUGAACUAGUCAAUAUUGCACAGAAUAUCGGCAUGUCUCCCAGAGAAGCACUCGAGACUGCGGAAGGAUAUUACAUGAUAGCUGAUGUAGAUGGCGACCAUCGUCUAACAUGGAACGAGUAUGUAACCCUUUUUACGUAGAUGAGGUGAAAACAGCAAUAUGGUUAGCCAUACAGACUUUAUCAUUUCUUUGCAAUCUACAACUGUUGUUAGAUUUUCUGUCAUUUCAAUACUUGUUUAAUUAUUUUCUAUUUCGCAAUAAACAUGAUACAGAACGA